GUCCCUUGCCUAGUUUUGGAGUCGCUUGUAAGAAAAGCGUGGCGAGAUUCCUGCAGUGGCGCUCUCUAUGCUUCUUGCGCCGAUCCUUCGGGCUAUUAGGCGCAGUUGGAUCUAAGCCGCGCGCAGCAACGGAGGUGUUUGCAUGUCAGCGGAUGUCAAGGCACUGAAAUCGACGGAUUUCCUCUCCGCUGGGCUGGUUCCUCUGGACUGGAGGCUGCUGUUGAGAUCGUAGCGGCUGCUGCUGCUGCUGCUGCUGCGAAAUGGGGCUUGCAGGGGUCCUGGGGCUGCUGCUCUCGCUGCGGUUUGCGGCGGAACCCUGGCUGGUUGAUUCAGGCUCACAUGUUUCACUGGACCCACCAUCACUUAGCAUCCAAAAAUCUGUUAUCACUGUAACUGCAAAUGAUACACUACAGAUUACUUGCAGUGGUGAAAGGGCUUUGGAAUGGCUUUGGCCCAACAAUGAGACAAGUUCUGAAAACCGUGUAGCAGUCACUGAUUGCACAGACAAUAUCUAUUGUAAGAUGCUCACGCUCACAAAAGCAAAGGACAAUGACACUGGGACCUACAAGUGCUUUUACCAAGAAAGCCAUGCAACAUCAAGCAUUUAUGUUUACGUACAAGAUUUUAUGGAUCUUCCAGAUUACAGAUCUCCAUUUGUGACAUCAGUUAGCGAUCAACCUGGUGCUAUAUACAUAACUGGCAACAAAACGGUGGUGAUACCAUGCCUUGGGUCCACAUCAGACUUAAAUGUUUCACUUCAUGCGAAGUAUCCAGACAAGAUCUUUGUUCCUGAUGGUAAAAUGAUAACAUGGGAGAGCCAGAAGGGUUUCAUUAUUCCCUCCAGUUUGAUCAGCGAUGUAGGGAUGGUCUUCUGCAAAGCUAAGAUAGAUGGUGAAAGCUAUCAGUCUGGGAUGUACAUUGUGGCAGUUGUUGGGUAUAAAAUCCAUGACCUUACCAUGGCUCCUCAUCAUCAAGUAGAACUGGCAGCAGGAGAGAAGUUAGCUUUGAACUGUACCGCAAGGACUGAACUAAAUGUGGCUAUUAUGUUUGAGUGGGACUAUCCAUCAAAGAAGGCAACAGCAAACAAGAAAAAGCAUGUUACAGUUAGGGAUGUGGUGACAUCAUCACGUAAUGAAGUGAAGAAGUUUGUAAGCACUCUUAUCAUAGAGCAUGUGACUCUAUAUGACGGAGGUCAAUACAGCUGCACAGCCUCCAGCAGCCGAGUGACUAAGAAAAACAGUGUUUACGUCAUCGUACAUGAAAAACCCUUUAUCACUUUGGGCAGAAUGCCUUCUUUCGUGGAGACAAAACUGAGUGAAUCAACUAAAAUUCCUGUAAUGUUUAGAGGCUAUCCUCCUCCAGAUGCCAAAUGGUAUAAAAAUGGAAAUCCUAUAGCUGCAAAUCGUACAGUUAAACUUGGUUACUCCUUGACAAUUACUGAAAUAAGUGAAAGAGAUGCUGGGAAUUAUACCAUUGUGCUGACCAAUCCCAUUAAUAAGGAGCAAGAGAAGCACACAUUUCAUCUGGUUGUGAAUGUUCCACCUCAUAUUGGGGAGAAUGCUCUUCUGGCUCCUGUGGAUUCUUACAAGUAUGGCUCUACUCAAAUCUUAACAUGUACCGUGUAUGCAGUCCCAGCAGUAACCAGGAUUCAUUGGUACUGGCAGUUUGAAGAAGAAUGUACUUUCAAUCCACACCAAGCUGGACUAGGAAAUAAUCCAUACGCCUGUAAGAAAUGGAAGGACAUAACUGAUAGAAGAGGUGGAAAUCAGAUUGAAAUAGUAAAACAUCAGUCUGUUGUGAUUGCUGGAAAAAUGAAAACUGUAAGCACCCUUGUCAUUCAAGCAGCAAAUGUAUCUGUUCUGUACAGAUGUGUGGCUAGUAACAAAGCUGGAGAGGGCGAGAGGGUCAUUUCUUUUCAUGUCACUAGAGGUCUUGAGAUUAAUCUUCAGCCUCCAACUCAGCCAACUGUGAAGCACAAUGUCUCCUUGCAGUGCACAGCAGACAGACUCACUUUUGAAAACCUGACCUGGUUUAAGCUUAGUCCUCGUACCUCCAUGACGCGCCUUGGCAGGCUGCCCAUGCCCGUUUGUAAGAACCUGGAAGCUCUUAAAAAACUGAACGCCUCAACUGCAAGUGCCAAUGGAGAAAACAUCACCAUAGAACUCCUUCUCCAUAACAUUUCCCUCCAAGACAGUGGGGAUUAUGUGUGCAUAGCUCAGGACAAAAAGACUAAAACACGACACUGCCUUGUCAAACACCUGGCAAUUCAAGAACCAGUGGCACCCAUUAUCACAGGGAACCUUGAGAAUCAAACCACAAUUAUUGGUGAAACCAUUGAAGUCUCUUGCAUAGCAAAUGGAAUUCCCUCUCCACUCAUCAUGUGGUUUAAAAAUAACGAAUCUCUGGUUGAAGAUUCAGGUAUUGUUCUGAAAGAUGGCAACAGAACUCUCACCAUACGAAGAGUGAGAAGGGAAGAUGAAGGGCUGUACGCUUGUCAUGCUUGCAAUGUCCUGGGCUGUGCAAAAGCAGCAACAUAUUUUGAAGUGGAAGGCACUGACGAGAAAACGAACCUCGAGCUCAUUAUUCUUGUUGGAACGGCAGUAAUUGCCAUGUUCUUCUGGUUGCUCCUAGUCAUCAUUCUUCGGACCGUUAAGCGGGCCAAUGGAGGAGAAUUGAAGACUGGUUACCUGUCUAUUAUCAUGGAUCCAGAUGAAGUCCCUAUGGAUGAGCAGUGUGAACGUCUUCCUUAUGAUGCCAACAAGUGGGAAUUCCCCAGAGACAGGCUCAAGCUGGGGAAGCCACUUGGUCGAGGAGCCUUUGGGCAAGUCAUAGAAGCAGAUGCCUUUGGAAUUGACAAAGCUUCUACCUGCCAAACUGUUGCUGUCAAAAUGCUUAAAGAUGGUGCAACACACAGUGAGCACAGGGCACUGAUGUCUGAGCUCAAAAUCCUAAUUCAUAUUGGCCAUCAUCUCAAUGUGGUUAACUUACUGGGAGCUUGUACAAAGCCGGGAGGCCCACUCAUGGUGAUUGUAGAGUACUGCAAGUUUGGAAAUCUGUCAGUAUAUUUAAGAUCCAAGAGGAGUGAUUUCAUUCCGUACAAGAGUAAUAAUGCCAGGCGUCGACAAGGGCAUGGUGAAGACCUGAAGAAACGCUUGGACAGUAUUGCAAGUAGCCAAAGUUCAGCAAGUUCAGGAUUUGGAGAAGAGAGAUCUCUUAGCGAUGUAGAGGAAGAAGGGACACCAGAAGAUCCUUACAAAAAUGCUCUGAGCCUGGAGGACCUCAUCUGCUACAGCUUCCAGGUGGCCCGGGGAAUGGAAUUUCUGGCCUCACGGAAAUGUAUCCAUCGAGAUCUGGCAGCUCGCAAUAUCCUCUUAGCAGAGAAUAAUGUGGUCAAAAUUUGCGAUUUUGGAUUGGCCCGGGAUAUCUACAAAGAUCCAGAUUACGUUAGGAAAGGAGAUGCUAGGCUACCAUUGAAAUGGAUGGCCCCAGAAACUAUUUUUGAUAGAGUAUAUACGAUCCAGAGUGACGUGUGGUCAUUUGGAGUGUUGCUGUGGGAGAUAUUUUCAUUAGGUGCCUCACCAUAUCCUGGUGUAAAAAUUGAUGAGGAAUUCUGCAGAAGACUGAAAGAGGGAACAAGAAUGAGGCCCCCAGACUACACAACCCCUGAAAUGUAUCAGACAAUGCUGGAUUGCUGGCAUGGUGAACCCAAACAAAGACCCACAUUUUCAGAUUUGGUGGAGCAUCUUGGAAAUUUGUUGCAAGCAAAUGUUUGCCAGGAUGGUAAAGACUAUAUUGUCCUUCCACAAACUGCACUCCUAAACAUUGAAGAGGAUUCUGGACUCUCCUUGCCAACCUCACCUGUUUCCUGCAUAGAAGAAGAGGAAAUGUGUGAUCCUCAGUUCCAUUAUGACAGCACACUGGAAAUGAGUGAGCAUUGCAAAGGAAGCAGAAGAAAAAGUCGUCCUGUGAGCGUAAAGACCUUUGAAUCUGUGCCUGUAGAACCAACCAUAAAGGUGGUUCAAGACGAUAAUCAGACAGACAGUGGGAUGAUUCUUGCAUCUGAAGAACUCAAGACACUAGAAGAGAAAUCUAAACAACUGAUGUUGCCCUUUAGUGGGCUGGUCUCCAGUAAAAGUAAGGAGUCUGUAAUGUCGGAAGCAUCCAAUCCAACAAGUGGCUACCAAUCCGGCUAUCACUCAGAUGACAUGGAUACCACUGUUUACUCUGGUGAAGAAACAGAACUUUUGCCUCUCAGGGAAGAUGUUCCUCAGAGUUGCCACACGCUGGCCUAUGGCUCUGGUAUACCUCUUAGCAAUCCCCCUGUUUAAGAAGUGCCUCCAAAUAAACCAUA